GGGGGUGGGGGAGGGAAGAACAGCACCAUUUUGGGGAAUGAAAAUUAUAUUUGAAGCCUUACUUUUACUCUGGAGGAAUUUUAAUAAGUCUGCUUUUUAUAACUUUAGGGUAAACAUGUCAAGUACUCCCUAAAGAUCAGAAUGAGUUUUUCAUGAGUGAAUUAAUGAAUUAUUUAGAGUGUCAAUCUGGGCCUAUACAGAGCUGUCAGGAGAAACCAGACACUUGACACAGAGUUUGAGCUUCUCCUAUUUGAUAUACAGCUUCUAUUAAAAUCCUACUUAUGGAAGCCAGUAUUUAGGGAAGGUAAUUUGAACGGCCAUAUCUACCCAUCCACUCUUUGAAGUCAUGCAGGUCAGGUAUAGAUAGAGCAGUGUGUGCGUUAUCUUGUUUGUUAACCUUUGACCAAAUGGUCCCCGGAUGUAGGUCAGUGUGGGGCCCCUGAAGCCUACAGUGCCUUGUAGUUCAGAGGCACUAAGACAUCUGAUUUGCCUGUGGGUAAGACAGUGGGAUCUUAGGAAUUGCUCCAGUAAGAGCUGUCUCUUGAUGAACAGACAGUGUUUUCUCCUCCAUGGCAGUCCUGCUCUGACAUUUCUGUUUGUCUCCCAUUGCCUCAGUUUCUAGCAAAUCUUAAGUAUGGUGGUUUCUUUUAGCAUCAGAACAUCUGCCUUGCCUUUGGGGGUCCAAAUGCUUCCUUUCAUUCUCUUCUUCAUUUCACACUUCAAAUGAAAAUUAAAGGCCCAUCCUAUCUCAAAGAAUCUGGUCCGGAUUUAGGCUUUUGCUUGUUUUAGUCAAAGUCAACUGUCUUAAACAGGGGAGACCGGCUGGGGAGGCCAGCUAACUAAGUAACUUCUAAACGCUCUCAAAGGGUGAUUUUCCUUCAGCAUCCGAUAUCAGAACUUCAUGGAGAAGAGUCUGUCUCAUCAAUCCGGGGAACGAGUAGGUAGAUGCUAACCUCCUUCUCUUCAACUUGCUCGUUCAAGAGCCUGACUUGAAGUAAAUAUCUACCUUACGAACAGCCACCCCUGAUGACUGUGAUAUCUCACCACUGUCGUUCAGAUCUUCAGAGUUCCCUAAAGGUUCCCUAAAAGUUCACAGAGUAAAUUGUGUACCCACGAUGGCAUGGCUAGGAGGUGGUAAAACCUAGAAAGGGUGAUACUUAGUUGUGUGUGUGUGUGUGUGUGUGUGUGUGUGGUGUAGGGAAUGGAAGUAAAAAUGAGACUAUGAGAGGGGAAGACAAAUUCUAAGAAUAUAUGACACAAAAGCAGAAGAGAAAGGAAAGGGACCAGCAUGUGUGAAGAAAAGAACCAGAGAGGACAAAUAAAACAAAAUAUAAUGAUGGAUAUAUAAAAUGUCAAUAGUGAAACAAAACCAAUCUCUGCGUGUCAACCAAAAUAAAUAAAUAAAUAAAUUUUUGUCAUUUCUAAAAGAAAGUCCCCAGGCCUACCCAUUUUGGUCAUGUUUGUGUUUUGGUUUGAUUAGUUUAGUUGCCUAUAGAGAAGAGACCAGCUCACAGACAUGAAUGUAAAGGAAGUAGAAAUCACAGUCCUGUGUAGGAAAUGGUAGAUUCUUGUGUAUGCUGUCUUUGCCAUGCACAUACUGCUGGCGACAAAACAUGUAACUCAGCAAAGUCUCUCCUUCCGCUGCGGUUACAAUUAAACACUGUGGACAAUUCACGGCCUUCAGACCUGGGAUCUGGGAUGGGAAGUAUGGCCUAUGAGGACUGCCUGCCUUCUCAGUCAAGGUCAGUUUGCUGAGGUUCACUUUUUAUGUUUCUCCAUCGUUAACUCAAGCCCUGGGAUCCUAGUGAAUUACUGCUACGCCGCUUUUCACACUGUUGGUUUGUAGCUGAAGAACUGUAUGAGUGGACUUUUGGUGAAUAAGCUCAUAUGUAAGUGCCCUAGGGAACUGCUUUAUUCAAGAAAGCCUUGCUGAGGGGCAUUUUAAUUAGUGCUGUGCCCAUAGUAUGCACCGAAUAACUACAUGGACGGACAAGGGAAACGAGAUGGUUUCAUUUCCUGGGAGGGCUCUCUCAUUCUUCCUUCCUUAGACACUCUCCUCCAGACCCAGGACAGAUGUGUCCAGACCCUUGCCUGUUCCUUUGUAAUUUACCACCACUGUCCUGUGUUCAUGUUGAUGACAUAGCUCAUUACCCACUGCUCGCUGGGAACCCGGCUCUGUGCUACACACACCUGGUGUCAGUUGUCUCUUUUGUUGCUCAUAGCAGACCUGUGAUAUCAGCACACAGCUGGGUUGGAAGAGGGAAAAACUCACUUGCUUUCCUGGCCUAAUAACACUCAAGCCAUGGCUCUGCCUUAAAAUGCAGAUCUGAUUCUAAUGACUCUAACCCCGGAAUCGGAAUUCAUGUCUUCCAAAAGAAAAGUCUGCCAUGUCCUAGGGUUUCAUUGAGAAAAAUGACAGGCGAGGGAGGGGUAGAGAAAAAGAGAGAAACAGGAGACCCUGGUUGGCAUCCAGUUGCCUCCUCUAAUGAAAGUGAGAAGUGACAUUGGGUAAUGGAAUCUCUGUUGGUGUAGCCCAGGAAGCCUGUGAAUAGAGACUAGUUAUUCCCUGCCAGGGGUGGUGACACACACCUUUAAUCCUGGGCAGAGGUAGGCAGAUCUCUGGGUUCUCGGCCAGCCUGGUUCCACAACAGCCAGGGCUAUAGUGAGACCCUGUCUCAGGAGGGAGACUGGUAUUCCCUUGCACUCGGCAUCCUCCUUUAGAAAGGGGAUAGAAAUGGCAGGAACAGAGCUAAGCAAGUGGAACAGCUGACCUCUAAACAGUCAGUUUACGUGUGGCCAACAAAGCUCUGAUUUAAAAACCAAUCUUAGUGAUUUUGGUUCUUUUGGCCUUUUUGAUGAAACACAUCACUUUCUAGCCAUAUUAAUCUGAGAACAGUUUUCCAUGUUGCUGUAUCCUGCAUCUGUGGCAGAGAAUGCUAACAGUAGACUCCAUACACCAAGUAUUAAGAGCUGAUCCUGGCCUGUCAUUGAACAUGCAGGCUGUCUUUGAAUCUUGUGCUUUGGUGGUGGCCUGCACUAUGUAAUAGUCCUCCAUCAUGUUGCUUGUGUUUUAAUUGCAUGUGUGUAAAUAUGACCACAUCUCAUCCCACUAACGCACACUGUGCCUGCUUGCGUGGUGGUUGAAUGUUAGUUAGCUAAGUUGCUUUGUUAAAGCCACAAACGUUGCAAGUAAAAUCACCGCAUGGGUGAUGGUGCGUCUGUGGAGCCUGCUGAAAAUAGUAUGCACUUGGGGAGUAUUCUGUGGUCCCUGGGUGGGUCAGCAAAGUGGAGGAGAGACAGAGCGUUCUGGUCCCAGUUGUCCUGAAAGCUCUUAUUGAUAUGGGAUUAGUCUCGGUGGAGACAACAGUGCUGUCACAUGGGCAUCAGGGCGAUUGAGAAGAGUGACUGGAGGCCCGUGGGGGGACGGGAUUGGCGCUGAGUCACUGAGUUCAUUAAAAGGCUACAGAACAGGAGUGGAAUUGGAGCGUGGCUGGAGAGACCUGCCCCUGAAUGGUUCAACCACCACAUGUGAGCCCACACCUCGGGUAAGCUAACAGAUCCAGUCCAUGCUGAGCAAGGAAAGACUGGAACCUUCAGCUCCACUUGGCAGCCCUGGCAUCACUCAAGGGAGACAUUGUAGAGCUGAAUAAGCGUCUGCAGCAGACAGAGCGGGAACGCGACCUCCUGGAAAAGAAGUUGGCCAAAGCACAGUGUGAGCAGUCACACCUCAUGAGAGAGCAUGAAGACGUCCAGGAGCGCACGACACUCCGCUAUGAGGAGCGCAUCACAGAACUCCACAGUAUCAUUGCAGAACUCAACAAGAAGAUAGACCGCCUGCAAGGUACCACCAUCAGGGAGGAAGAUGAGUACUCAGAACUUCGGUCAGAGCUCAGCCAGAGUCAACAAGAGGUUAAUGAAGACUCCAGAAGUGUGGACCAAGACCAGACCUCUGUGUCCAUCCCUGAGAACCAGUCUACUAUGGUCACUGCUGAUAUGGAUAACUGCAGUGACUUGAACUCAGAACUGCAGAGGGUGUUGACCGGUCUGGAGAGUGUCGUCUGCGGCAGGAAGAAGAGCAGCUGUAGCCUCUCUGUGGCCGACGUUGACAGGCACAUAGAGCAGCUCACCACGGCCAGCGAGCACUGCGACUUGGCCAUUAAGACAGUUGAGGAGAUCGAGGGCGUUCUAGGUCGCGAUCUGUAUCCCAACCUGGCUGAGGAGCGGUCCCGGUGGGAGAAAGAGCUGGCUGGACUGCGGGAAGAGAACGAAAGCCUGACGGCCAUGCUAUGCAGCAAAGAGGAGGAGCUGAACCGGACCAAGGCCACUAUGAACGCCAUCCGUGAGGAGCGGGACAGGCUUCGGAGGCGGGUCCGAGAGCUCCAAACUCGGCUGCAGAGUGUGCAGGCUACUGGACCUUCUAGCCCAGGUCGCCUCACCCCUGCCAAUCGCCCAAUCAACCCCAGCACCGGAGAGCUAAGCACCAGCAGUAGCAGCAAUGACAUCCCCAUCGCUAAGAUUGCUGAGAGAGUGAAGCUGUCAAAGACGAGAUCUGAAUCGUCAUCAUCUGAUAGGCCAGUCCUGGGCUCGGAAAUCAGUAGCAUCGGGGUUUCCAGCAGUGUGGCAGAACACCUGGCCCACUCACUCCAGGACUGCUCCAACAUCCAGGAAAUUUUCCAGACACUCUACUCACACGGAUCUGCCAUCUCUGAAAGCAAGAUUAGAGAGUUUGAGGUGGAAACGGAACGAUUGAAUAGUCGUAUUGAACACCUCAAAUCCCAAAAUGACCUUCUCACCAUAACCCUGGAGGAAUGUAAAAGCAACGCCGAGAGGAUGAGCAUGCUGGUGGGGAAGUACGAAUCCAACGCCACAGCCCUGAGGCUGGCCUUGCAGUACAGUGAGCAGUGCAUAGAAGCCUAUGAACUCCUGCUGGCCCUGGCUGAGAGCGAGCAGAGCCUCAUCCUGGGGCAAUUCCGAGCAGCUGGUGUGGGCUCCUCCCCUGGAGACCAGUCAGGGGAUGAAAAUAUCACUCAGAUGCUCAAGCGGGCUCAUGACUGCCGGAAGACUGCUGAGAACGCCGCCAAAGCCCUGCUCAUGAAGCUGGAUGGCAGCUGCGGGGGAGCCUUCGCCGUGGCUGGCUGCAGCGUGCAGCCCUGGGAGAGCCUGUCCUCCAACAGCCAUACCAGCACGACCAGCUCUACAGCCAGCAGCUGUGACACAGAGUUCACUAAGGAAGAUGAGCAAAGGUUGAAGGAUUAUAUCCAGCAGCUCAAGAAUGACAGAGCCGCCGUCAAGCUGACCAUGCUGGAGCUGGAGAGCAUCCACAUCGAUCCACUCAGCUAUGAUGUCAAGCCAAGAGGCGACAGCCAGAGGCUGGACCUGGAAAAUGCCGUGCUGAUGCAGGAGCUGAUGGCCAUGAAGGAGGAGAUGGCUGAGCUGAAGGCCCAGCUCUAUCUACUGGAGAAGGAGAAGAAAGCCCUGGAGCUGAAGCUGAGCACGAGGGAGGCGCAGGAGCAGGCCUAUCUGGUGCACAUCGAGCAUCUCAAGUCCGAGGUGGAGGAGCAGAAGGAGCAGAGGACGCGGUCUCUGAGCUCCACCAGCAGCAGCGGCAAGGAGAAGCCUGGCAAGGAGUGUGCCGAUGCUGCCUCUCCAGCUUUGUCACUUGCCGAACUAAGGACGAACAGCGACAGUGAGCUGGCCACCGAGUUCGCCAAUGCCAUCCGACGGGAAAAGAAGCUGAAGGCCAGAGUCCAAGAACUGGUCAGUGCCUUGGAAAGACUAACCAAAAGCAGUGAAAUCAGACACCAGCAGUCAGCAGAGUUUGUUAAUGACCUGAAACGGGCCAACAGCAAUCUGGUGGCUGCUUACGAGAAAGCAAAGAAGAAGCAUCAAAACAAGCUGAAGAAGCUGGAAUCUCAGAUGAUGGCCAUGGUGGAGCGACACGAGACCCAAGUGAGAAUGCUCAAGCAAAGAAUAGCCCUGCUGGAGGAAGAGAAUUCCAGGCCACACACCAACGAAACGUCACUCUAACAGGCACUCUGGCACCAAAGUUGGCUAACCUGGAGCAGCUCUGGAGUCCUCAGAAGAGGAAGGGCCCAGAGAAGGAGGGACUGUUGGGAGAAGAGUGGAAAGGUUGCAUAUAGGUCACGGGCUCCACCCUGGGGGGCGUGGUCACGACGGCACUGUGGAUUAUGUACCUAUGUACUGGCUCCAGCUGCUCUUGGCUUGGCCACAAAGGGUGUCCACAAUGGCUCCAGCCUCAAGAUUAGCCACAACUUCUUUCAGAGUUCACCAUUCCAGUUCUCAACUGUUCUGUGCAGUAGUGGAAAUCCAGGCAUCUGUGGAUUUCCAAGUCUACCCAUCCCCACCCCUGCCUCCUUUUUUUUUUUUUUUUUCCCAUAGGUUGUUGACUUUUCUUUUGACACCUGGAUUUCUUCCUGCCUCUUCCAAGGGAAAAGUGACAGUGUUGUAUGUCUCCAGUAUCUAGGGCUGGCGGCUUCCUGUAGCAGGCUCUGCUUUUCGGGUCCCAUGGUACCAGAUUCUUGAAAUAAGGUCAUGAAGAGUUAGUAGUUGGGAGUUACAGACCAAAGGAUACACAAAGUGUUGCCACCGAGCAUCCCAGACACAGUGCAGCUUCAAAUAGAGCAAUGCCUGGGCUGUGUGUAGACCGUUGUGCUCUAGACCAAUAAAAGCAUCUUCCAUUUUUAUUUUAGAGGCAGGGCUCAGAUUCCCUUCUAGCAAGAGUAAAAUUUAGAACACUCUUGAUUUAUGUAGAGAAGCCAAUAUUUUACCAUGGGUUUUUUUCCAGAACAGAGAAAAAAAACAGUAUUCGCUCUCACCCAGCCCAGGGCACUAUAAUAGCUCCUAUUUUGAAUCAAAACCUAAGCCACUUUUGAGCAUCUGUGGGCCCUGCCUCCCUAAAGGCAAGAGGCUUGGUGACCCUUACUGUUGUACAAAAUUGUUCCCACCUAUUUAACAGCGCGCCACUAAACCUUUAGCCUCUGACUGGAUGAGGGAAUGGCCGACAGGCUUCCUAAGCUAACCGGUGACUGGGAGGCAGGUUCCAAGUACCUGAACUCUGGGAGGUAUUCCAGACUCAUUUAGUUCCUAGUAUAGCCUUUACUGUUUUGCCUUCUGCUGUUCAUGGGUACAAUUACAGAGCAGCUUGGCUUUUUAGCUUUUUCCCCCUCUCCUGUAGCCCCUAAUACAUUCAUCUGCUCUGAGAAAUGGGUCCAACUGCCCUGGUUACCUAGGUGAAAGAUGCUGCAUAAAUGGCCAUGUUGUUGCUGUAGACUCCUGGCUAUGGGUGGGUGUGCUUUCAGAAAGCAAACACAAGUUCCUCAGCCUCCUGGGCAACAAGGAAAGAUAUUCUGGCCUUCUCCUAUGACAGAGACAGACAGACAGACCCAGAAGCUCAACAGCUCUUCCUUCUCAGACCAGUGCCAAGCCCUUCAUCUGGCAGAGUAACACCAGCGUGACUGGUUUGAGUCAAGGCCUGGCUUGUGCGUGCUGACGGCUUUCUAGCCUUCUGUUGAUAGAAGGCUAGAAACACCAGUGAUGUUUUCUGUGUUCACCUUUUGAGGUAAAGUUGUAUUUGUUAUGCAGAAAAUGUGUAGGUAAAAACAUCUAUGACCUCUCUGCCACCCCAAGAAUUGGUAAAAUUAGCUUUCAGUUUGUCUGUCUGUUUCCAGCUAUGCUCAAAAAUGUCUGCCCCCUGAGCAAACUGGAAUAGGCAUGGCUGUCCUGGAGACACCACGGUCCAGGUAAGGGAUGCUUGUUAGACUUCCUGUUCUGACCAUCCGGAUGCAAUGAUGGACAGCAGGUGAUGCUCUGAGUGAUCAAGAGAAUGCUCAGAUGCAAGUUAGGAAGGGAUGACAGGCUGCCUGCCGAGGUUUGCUCCCUCCCCACAGCCUGAAAAAAAUCCAAGAACCCUUACUUCUAGGUCCACAGUUCCUCCGCAGGGAAGCCCCGAAAGCAAUGAUCCUACCUGGCCUUAGAGUCUGCGUUUCUAAGUACAUAAAUAUAUGGUGACUUGGUGAAAACGUUGGCAAUGUCCAGUUUUUUGAAUAAAUGGGAAAGGGCUAUACAACCUUUUCCUUGUAACUGUCGAUGUUGGUUGAGGGUGAAGCAAGAAGACAUUUGCUUAUGUGAAUUAUGGAAGCUACUGAACUGCACUGAUUAAAUACAUGAUAGCAGGUGCCUAGGUAAUUUUCCUUUUUGUUUAACCGGGCGCUUCCUGAACCAACUUUUAAAUAGGAAAUGGUUUCUAUUAACAUGUCUAUUCAGGCAAACAAAUUAUCUUGAUUCUAAUUUGUAUGAGGUUAAAAAAACCUACUGUAGAUCUCUGUAGGCAGUCACCUUUCCUAAUCAAAGCCAAUUUUGGUUCAUCAAAAAUAGGCAGAACAAAAAGGCCCAUCAGGAACCACUUCAUAGUUUCCUUGGACUGUACUCCCCAUUCUGAACUGAGGUGGAUAAACUCAACUCGGGCAGCGGGAAUAGGCAAAGGAGACAUCUAUCUAUGACUGGCUCUGGUACACUGCAACCAAGCCCAGGUAUAUCCGCCAAGUGUGCCUUGCCUUGUGCCGGUAAGAAAGCCUCCACUAGAGUCAUAAUAAAGGCUGUCAUGUGAUCAGACAGUUGAGACCUACCCUUCUCCCCCGUGUCAUACUCCUGGUGUACAUGAGUGCUCAGUGUCCCCAGUGGGACCUUCCACUCACUCCAUUCUGUGCUGAUGAUAUGUACGUGCCUGAAACUGGAUGGUACCUUUAACUGACACUUAGAAAGCUUUUAUUAGCUUAAGUGCGCAUAUCCUUCCAGAUGCAUGUAUGCACAAGGUCUUCCUCAGUACCUGCAGCAGAACUUUACAAGGGCUUCAGAGAACUCUAAAUUAGAGCUUUGGCAGGGUUCUUAUAAGGAAGAGCAGGCCGAGCCACACAGCCUUAGGUGUUUAUUCUAAAAACUGUUAGAAGAGGCUUAAUAAGGACCUUGCCACCGUGAGGGAGACCUGGAAGUCUUCUAGUUCCUACAUACAGACAUUACCUUAACAGAAAGGAAAUGCUUUUCAGUUUUUUUUUUUUUUCUCCAUCAUUGGCGUGGACCAAAACUACCAGGCUUCUGUAUUCUAUACAUUAUGGCCCACAAAAAACUCUACGCAACAAUAUAAAAUGUUAGAGCUGCCAAGAGUUAAGGUUUUAUCAUGUUCAAAGAGAAAAGAGUGUAGAGAAAAGCAUGAACCCCUCGCUCUGCUCUUAUUGGUCCAAACACUUCCUUCUGUAAAUGCUUUCGGUGAUAAAUGUUUGAUUGGGUGUACGUCCAGUCAUCAUAUGAACACAGUGCCCUAAGAGCAAUCACGUUCACUAAGUGUACAGUGUCACCGACUGAACGAUGCUCAGUGUUUUUAGAGCCCAACAGAGAACAAAUUCUUUGUUGGCUAAAAUUUCUGCCCUGAUCUUCAUUAGGGUAUAGUCCUCGUGAAGAGCGGGGAUGGGCAAACGUCCAAGAGCUUCAGCACCAGUAUUUUCCUUCUGCGGCACACUGCAGAUAUAACUGGGGAAGAAAUCAGCAACUGACUUUGUUUAGCCAAUGUAAAGCAGGAAUGGCUUGCUACAAAACCCACCCCCACCCUUGAAGUGUUCUCGCAAUGGAACCCCCAUGUUUACACAGGUCAGCUCUGAACCCACGGCCUCCCAUCUCGAUUCACUUUCUUUCUUUCUUUCUUUCUUUCUUUCUUUCUUUCUUUCUUUCUUUCUUUCUUUCUUUCUUUCUUUCUUCCUUCCUUCCUUCCUUCCUUCCUUCCUUCCUUCCUUCCUUCCUUCCUUCCUUCCUUUCUUUCUUUCUUUCUUUCUUUCUUUUUUUUUCGAGACAGGGUUUCUCUGUAGCCCUGGCUGUCCUGGAAUUCACUUUGUAGACCAGGUUGGCCUCGAACUCAGAAAUCCGCCUGCCUCUGCCUCCCAAGUGCUGGAAUUAAAAGUGUGCGCCACCACGCCCGGCUUCGAUUCAUUUUCUAAUCACCUUUGUGUUCAUCUCAGAUGCUGUGACCCCAGCGAAACUGAGCACGCUUGUAGAGAGGAAGAUAUUUUCAUAUGGGCAAACAUUACAAUUUUGGUAGUCCAAUAUAAUACGUGGUCUGAUAUUUUGAAGAUGUGUUCAAAAAGAAAAAGCUGCAUCCCAGAAACAAGAGUCACUGCUGGGUAACACCACCCUUGAUUAUUUGAUCUUCCAAGUCUCUCAUUGCUAACUACCCCACGUGCCCGCUCAGCAGCACGGAGCGGGUUCUGUAGAGAACUCCACGAGCACGCAGAUGCUCUACCAUUCGUUCUCCUCUCCAUGGCUGAACUGUGGAAGAGGUUGGUUGUAGAGUCCACAGUGUUCCUGCCGGACACCUACCUUCAAGAGCCCGGUAACAAUAAGUUUGUUAGGACCUGAUGCAAAGAUUACAAAUGUUCACUUCGAUUUCUAAUCUGCUUUUAGACAUAAUGUUAACUUACUUUGCAUGAAAUUUAACUUUUUUAUCCAUUGAAAAUGUGCUUUUUAUACCACUUGAAUUAGAAAACCCUGCUUGAAUGUACUGCUUCUGAAGCACACGUGACUGUGUUUGCAUCUGUCAGUGAUGUUCUGCUCGUAUGGAAAGUGUCAUUUGAAAGUGGCUACUAAACACUGUUCUAUACCUUGUAAUUUUUAGACUCACUGUAGCUUUAAAUGUUUCCAGAUGCCUUUGGUUUUUAGCUGCUGUAAAAUAGCUAAUUUGUGUUAUUUGAUAUAGAAUUGUUUAAAAAAAAAAA